GAAAUUUUAAGCCAUGAGAGACGACAGACAACGAUUCCAGCUACCAGCAGUGGCAAUAGUUUUCAUAUUGGUUCUACAGCCCUGCUUUGCCCUGCCCUUUGGCACUGGUUCUAGUAAUGAUAUUGAUAUCGAUGGAAACUAUCAAAACUCCAGCGGCGGAAGGCCCGUGGAUUAUCACACGGUUGUGGGUCAUUUCAAGGACUUCUUUAUGCACCUUCCCGUUAUGAUGACCACCAUUAAGGAGACCAUGUCAGGAUUUCCUAAAUUCGCCGAGGGAAUGCGCAUACUGACCUCUGGCAAAGGACGUGUCGAUGGCGAGGACUGUAAGUGCAGCCAAAACGGAUUAACGAGCAGCGAAAUCUUGGAUUCAAAUGGAAGAUUUGGUUGAUACUAGCUUGGGAGCUGAGCCAACACAACU